AUGAAGAUCCUCUUCAUCUGCACUGCUCACAACUCGCUGUCUCAGCGUCUCGCGCUGGCACUGCAAGAACGCGGCCAUGCCGUCACGGUGGAGAUGGCACUUUCAUCAGAGCUCAUGAUCGAGGCUGCUGAAAUGGCUCAACCGGACCUCAUCCUUUGCCCUUUCCUCACCAAGCGAGUGCCGGCACAAGUAUACAGCAAGUGGCUCACACUUAUUGUUCAUCCGGUGAGUGGUCGUCUUGAGGAUAGCCGUGCUCCUCGGCGCGUGGGGUCUUAUAAGUUGGGAACCACGAAUGCGUGCACGGAUAAGCUGAACGUUCCUCUUGCAUCAAUUUCCUCAGGGCGCCCCUGGGGACGCUGGACCUUCCGCCAUUGACCUCGCUCUGUUCGGAGAUACUGGCGAGCUCGACAAUUGGCAUGAACAGCUGGCACUCAUCGACUAUCGACAUGCUGCCCCAGAUGCUCGACCAAGAAGACGUUCCCACUGGGCGAUCACCGUCUUGCAAGCCAUCGAAGCUCUAGAUGCGGGUCCGAUUGGUGAGUGCGCUCUCGACGCUAGAGGCGCGCCCAAAUUGGUCAUUGACGAGCAAGACACCUUUUAGUCGCCUUUGAACAGUUUGAGAUGAAUGAAGAAGCCGCCUCGAUGACCAAAAGCGAUUUGUACCGCGGACCCAUCUCUCAAGCCGCCGUGCGAGCAGUCUUCGCAGCCAUUGAACGCCUGGAGACACAUUGCACAGCCAGGCCCUUUGGCGUCGACCUUCCAUUGCAGCUAUCGGCGGAGGCGAGAAGCGGCUGCGUCUCUAGGCAACAACCUUUUCUAGGAGGGCCCACUCACGAACGGCCCUUGUUCAAAGCUUCGGCACGCGAUUUCGUCAAGCUGCCAGCAUCAUCGACCCACAAGCUUCGAGCAGAGGUACUCGUCCAGCGCAUCAACAGCGCCGAUUCUCAACCGGGUGUGCAGUCGGCUCUGCUUGGGCCUUCGAUGUUUUUGUACGGUGCGCACCUCCAGUCAUCGCCCCUUCCUGAGAACGUUGCCCAUCGAGCGGCACAAUCGAAGACGGGCACCAUUCUCGCCACUCGUGCCGGCGCAGUCCUGAUGGAUUGCGGAGCAGACUUUCCGCUUUGGAUCACACACCUGCGAAGGCCAAAGGCGAAGGUAGACAAGCAUCUGCAUCCCAAGCUCCCAUCGGUGCAAGCCAUCGAGUCUGACGCAGCGCUGGCACAAAAGCUCGAGCUGGCCGCUGUGCCUGAGUGGCCUGCGCCUGCCGACCACGAAGCUUGGGCUUUUCAGCCUGGAACAUGGCAGCAAGUCUGGGUCGACAUUGAAAACGCCGGCCAGAGUACAAGAAUUGCCUACGUCUACUUCGAGUUCUACAACGGCGCUACCGCCACUGGUCAGUGCCACGAGCUCGCAGCUGCACUGGAAUGGACGUUGAGUCGAGAGCCCAAGGUGCAUGCGGUGGUGCUGAUGGGUGGCGCGGGAUACUUUUCCAAUGGUAUCGCUCUCAACGUAAUCGAGGGAUCCGAAGACCCCGCUGCUGAAUCCUGGGCCAAUAUCAAUGCCAUCGAUGACGUGGUGGAGAAGAUUUUGGCGCCUUCGGGCGUCCUCACCAUUUCGGCGCUGCGGGGAAACGCAGCAGCCGGAGGUCUGGCGCUGGGUACGGCUGCAGACAUCUGCAUUGCUUCUGCGGGCGCCACCUUCAACCCUCAUUAUCGCGGCCUAGGUCUUUACGGCUCCGAGUGGCACACAUACAGCUGGCCCGCUCGAUGUGGCACCCAAAAGGCCCGCGAGCUGACCCGCUCGAUGAUGCCGAUGAGCGCAAAGCAGGCUUUGCAAUGCGGUCUAGUCGACCACGUUGUUGGAAGCGGUCACGAGGGACCCAAAGAGCUCGAGACGCUCAUCAAGAACUUUGUCGAGGCGAUUGUCACGGCAAGAGCGGAGCAAAUUUCUCCCGCCUAUCCCUCCUUGCUGGUUUGCGGUGCGCCCUGGACCAAACAGAUGGGCAUCGAUUCGGGCUUUGAAUGCAAAGCCGAGCCAGACCAGACUGAAGGCAGUCAUGCGAGAAGCAUGCUGCAGCGCAAGCAAUGCUAUUUGGCACUGCUGUUUGCCAGCCGCAAAGCUGCCACUGACCCCAUGCCAAACAUUCCAGAUGGGUUUGCGACUUUCAGAAAGUCAGAGUUGGACCAAAUGCGUUUGGACUUUUUCCAUCCUGUCCGCUCGCACCGCUACCACUCCCGUCGCUUGGCGUUCGUUCGCAAAUUAGUGCCCAAAUCCACGCCGACGCGAUUUGCUUUGCACCGUCGGGUCGCGGAUGGAGACUGGAGUGCAGCCGAGCAAGGCGGUCAUCUGGCUCUCGACGAAGAGGAGCAAGACGCUUUCGAUAGCCUGGGAGAUGUUCCUGACGACGUCGCGGUUGCGAGGAUGCCGACGCCCACAGUCAGAGUUCUGUCGGACCUGUCACGCAGCACAAGUGCAAGCUCCAACAUGACUGCAGACACCGCAUCGACGUCUUUGGGUCAAGUCGCCGCAUUCGCGUCGAGGAGUUCGAGCGGCGACUGCUCCACUCCUGCCACCUCGACGCACUCGUCUCCAAAGCUGGAACGCGACCAAAAAGAGCUCGGCUGCUCUUCGGUCUUGCAAGAACGUGAGCGAGACGACGCAAGCACUGCCAUCACGUCGUUCUUGAGCGUGGCGCCAUCUCCGCCCACGCACCAUCGACGUGCUACUUCUCCGAGCAUCUCAUUCGACGAUACCGCUGCGCCUGCUACUGAACGCAAGAGCUGCCCCCCGCGACCGCGUCAGAAUGCUGCAGCUGACGCCUCCAAGGCGAAGAGAACCAGCACGGGCGCGCGAAGGCUCAGCGCCUCCAACUUUGCUUCGCCAUUUCUACGCAAGACACCAUCGGUCGAUGUCGCUGUGGGCAAUGAGGCGCCUGCGCAAGACGUCGACAUCAAACAUGUUGGCACGCAGGCUCCUCUCUCUCCGCGCUCCAAAGGAGCAGUCUCGCGCUUGUGGUCGAGCAUUGGUCGUUCCGGCGGUUCUCGAGCCAACGGCGUCAAUCGGGCGAGCGUUCUGAGCGGCAAGACGACGCUAGACACCGUCCCAGCCACACCGCGCGGCAGCGUGAAUGUGGAAGACCGCAAAUCGAUGCCGACUGGGUUGGGUCUAGCCGCGCCUCCUCCUGCGAUGAUCAACUCUUCGAUGCGUCGAGCUUCGAAUCGAUCCCUUCUAUCUGCGAUCCGCAUCGACGAAGCGGCAGACAUGAAGCCUUCGGAUUAUGCUUCGAUCGGUGGGAGGAAGAAGAACACGACGGAGCACGGUGCUGCUUGUCUCUAUCCUUGCUACUACGAAUCGGAAGAUGCUAUGCGAAAGACGGCCAAAGCCUGA